AGCAGCCCAGGUGGCGGACACGCAGACGGGACACCGGCCAUGGCAUUUUCCAUGCGCCGUCCGUGCCGGGGGGGGCGACUUUGCGCCACCACAGGCAAAGGGGGGAGCGCAGCUAUUUUGAAAGUGACCCCUCAUUCAGGCAGCGACUCUGCAGCUGUCAGGAACCAUGACUGAAGAUGACGGAUUCUGUUGUCGUGGAGGGAUAUGCCAGACUUCGGGAUGGGAAAAAGUGGAAAACUAGGUGGCUCGUACUCCGAAAGCCGUCGCCUGUAGCAGACUGCCUCGUGCUGCUGGUGUUCAAAGACAAAUCGGAGAAGGUCCAGGGAGGCAAGGAGAGGGCCAGGGUCGUCUUGGAGGAGAUCUGCGGCCUGGAGGCCGGCCAGUGGUAUGAGGGGGUGGCCUUCACUCUGGCCGUCCUGUGCCUGGGUCAGGCCGCUCUGCUGGGCUUCGACAGCAGGGAGGCCCUGCAGGCCUGGGAGGCCCGGCUGAGAUACAGCCUGGGAGAGGUUCACAGAUUCAGUGUGGCCGUCUUACCGGGGACCAAGCUGGAGAGUGGACCUGCAACUCUUCACCUGUGCAACAACCUGCUGGCCCUCACCAGGGACGUCCCCCCUGUGGUCAUCGGCCACUGGAGCCUCCCCGACCUGCGCAGAUAUGGACCCGUGCCCAACGGAUUUGUUUUUGAAGGAGGAACCAGAUGUGGUUACUGGGCCGGCGUUUUUCUGCUUUCAUCAGCAGAGAGCGAGCAGAUCAGCUUUCUGUUCGACUGCAUCGUCAGAGGCAUUUCCCCCACCAGAGGUCCGUUUGGACUGCGGCCCGUUUUACCAGAACUCGCUUCCAGCCAGAAUUCGGAGGAGAGGCUGGAGCAUGAGGCCCAGGAGCUGGAGAAGAGGCUGAGCAUGCUGUCUCACGGGAGCAGCACAGUCUCAUCGGCCGGGGGAGAUGACCGCAGCAUAUCCGGUUCCUCCGACACUUCAGACACCAGCCAAUCAGACUGCAGCAUUGGCAGCCGGUCGGCCGUUUGGCCCGAGCCUGCCUCCCACCCGCCCGGAACCGGCGGCCUCUCGGUCCAUGCCGCCCACAAAGUGACGCUGCAGAUUGUGGAGAAGCUCCCCACCGGGCAGGCCAGCGGGGGCCGGGCGGCGGCCGGCGGUCAGCGGCAGCUUCAGGAAAUAGGCCGCCAGAGCUCGUCCGACAGCGGCAUCGCGACGGGCAGCCACUCCUCGUUCUCGGGCAGCUUCUCCUCCUACGCGGGCAGCUUUGACGUGGCUCCCGGGGAGGACUUCGGGUCUGCUUUCGCCCUGCCCCCCGGCCUGGCUCCAGAUCUGAGCCCCUGCUCUUGCCCCACCGGCUCUGGGCGGGAGUACCAGGUGCCCACCUCCCUCCGCUACCUGUACGACACCCCCAGGAGUUUGCUGAUGGAAGUAGGCGAGGGGGCCAAAGACUGUGAGCCCUCGGCCUCAACCAAAGACUCUUUAGUCCCUCCGGGCCUGGUGGCAGAGGCGACCUCAGAGGGUCACCCAGAGGCUCCCGAGAGGCAGCCAGUCAGUGGACUCUCACCGGGCCUUUCGGAGGGGGGGAAAACAACCAAGGUGGUGCCCUCUAGUGACUCCAUUCAUAGCUGCAGCUCCCCGACAUGUGCAGAGCAUCUCCCCCAGCCCUCCAAAAACAUUGUGAGCAUCUGCUCAGUGUGUGGUGGGUUUAAGGGGGGGACCCUUUAUGUCCAUUCGAGUUCCUCCGUGGCACCUGCCAUACCAGUGAAGAAAUCUCCGGAGAAGUCCCACUCUGGAAAUACCGACGGUACAGAGCCGCCAACCGCCGCCAUUAGUGAGGAGUGGCCUCCGUCCAAAAAAAGGGGGCAAAAAUUAGUCGGCCUCCUAUCCGAUCUGCUCAGCGUCCCGAGCGCAGACAGGCAGCCGGAGGCCAGGGCUCACAGAUUGAACCUGUACGAGUCAAUGAGCCCCGUUCUGGAAAAUGAGCUCAAUUUGGCGCCAGCUGCACCAUUACGGGGCUCACAGCAAGACAAAAGAGCUGUCAUUUACGAAAACUGUCUGAAGUGUCGAGGAGCACGCUGCCACCCUCCACCUCGAGCCACGCCGGCUAAAAUGCACCGCUCCGGGGACGUUUUCGCUUUUCAUACGGUCCCGACCGGGCCACGCCUGACGAAGAGCCAAGAGCCUGACGGUUCUGCUGAUGAGGAGCCGCUCCAUCAGGCUCUCAGAGAGGAGGGCGGGCGGCCUCUGUAUGGAGAGAUCAAUGUUCAGACGGAGAAUGAAGAUAAAAAGUUUAAAAAAGAUGGAAAACACAGAGCCAACCCUGCCUAUGAGAUCAUGGAGGGCCGUGUGCCGGAGAGGAGCCCAGAGGCCGAGGAGAAAAACAAGUACGAGCUAAUGGGGAGCUGCAGCCAGCAGAGGUUUCUCCAAGAGGCUGAAGGGGCAGUGUUUGUUUUCCCUCAAGAGGCUUCAUUGUCUGAAAGAUACCGCAGUGAAGGAGUAACAUACGUCAAUAUUCCCAUCAGUCCUACAUCAAAAAAGCAGCUCAACUACAUGGAGCUGGAGCUGCAGGAGUCAGGACACGUCAGAGGGACGAUGGCACAUCUGCCUGCUCAGAGAAAAAGCUCCACCAAGUACGCACAGAUAGACAUCGCUGCCACAGAGACGGCCCAUAAAGUUGGCGCCCAACACGCUCUGGGGCGGCAGGAAGGGCUGCACACUCUGGAGUCCAGGAGAAAAGGAACACCGCGUUGA